GUCUCAGGAUCAACAAGUCGUUCUUAAAAUUCUUUUGAGAAAAAAAUUAUUCGACUAAUAAGUUGACUCAUCUCGAAAGAGUUUCUAAAUAGGACAAACAGCUCAAUAAAUCAACAGAAAAACAAAUAAAAAUGGCCGAAGACGCUCCCGUUGAAACACCCGUUGCUGAAGCCGCUGCACCUUCACACUCCGAGGAAGGAGGUGUCACGAAACCCGGCGAAUGGAAAGCUACCGACAACAAAAUCUUCAAACAUUGGGUUCGCCCAAGAAUCUCACAAUACCGCUAUUUGGAUGAUUAUCGGUACAACUACUACGAUGACGUCCUCGACUAUUUGGAUAAAAGACAAAAGGGUAUUUCUCGUGAUAUUCCUCGUCCUCAAUAUUGGGCUGAACGUGUGAUUCGAACAAAUCGCAAGUACGACAAAAUCGAGAGCGAGAAGUUGCAACACUCGUACCAGUCGGUGCACUCACGCGAAACCCGGAGAUUGACGCGCACCUUGAGCCACAUGAGUCACUUCAACUCCAUGAACACCUUCAACAAUUACCACACUCAACUCGUUGGAUCAAAGUACUCUCAUCUCUUGUAGAAUGGAACGUGCGCGCGCUUAAAACUUACAAAUUUACGUUAAAACAAAAAUUCUUAAUCCCUUCUGUUGUUUUUCUUUGAUUUUUUUGGUGAAAAGAAAAAAGAAAGAAAAUGUUCGAUGUUCGUUAUAAUUUUAAAUAAUUUUUUUUUUGGCUGUUCUUCUUGUUUUAGAACGUAAAAUUUUAAGAACAGAAACUUGUUGGUUCUUAUUAAAAAAAAUUGUAUGAAUUUCCUGGAAGAAUUUCUCCUAAUUAAGUAACGUGGCAUUAAAUUUUAAGAAUAAACAGAAUGGAAAAAA